UGCAACCUUCUCUUCUCAGAAUUUUCUAUCUUCCUCGGACAAAGCCCAACCAUCGCACCCGUAGGAUGACUAAGCAAAAUUAUUUAGAGGACAAAAAGCGUAAAGCUGGGAGUUGUGAACGCGUUUACACAUUCGUUUAUACUUGAUGCUUAAUUACGGGAUGGAUGGAAAGAGAUCGAUGAAAAUGGAUCCACUGUCGCCAGGCCCAUGCCUGGACAUCAGCGACGACGAGCUCGUCUCUAUAUCCGUCCGAGACUUGAAUCGUCAGUUGAAAUUGCGUGGAUUGUCUCGGGAUGAAAUUGUUCGCAUGAAGCAGCGCCGGAGGACCCUGAAGAAUCGAGGGUACGCCGCGAGCUGCAGGAUCAAGAGGAUCGAGCAGAAGGACGAGCUGGAGACUGAAAAGACGCAGGAGUACAGGGACAUGGAGAGCAUGCAGGAUGAUAACAACAGGAUGCGGGAGGAGGUGGAGUCAGUGCACGCCAAGUACAUGGCACUCAAGAAAUUCGCGAUGGAACGGAACAUUCCGAUUCCACCUGAAUUGGAAACCAUUUGAAGAACUAGAUUAUAAUGUCGAUGUAUUUCCAAUCUUCUUUGUUAAUUUAGAUGGUGUUCAUCCUGGGGGAGAGGGUUUCCAUAUUCCAUUAAGACAUUUUUCAUAAGGGUAUUUUCGCUAAUUAUUGAUAUGGUUUUGUAUUUUCAAUAAUUGGAUUUUGUUGAGGUUUUUAUAGGGCUUUCUCAUCAUUCUAAAGGUCUCAAAAAUUUAUUUUCAAUUUUUCUCAAAUUUUAUUACGCCCACGUUAUUUUUUUAGUUUUGUGGGUUU